UGACCACCGUAUUACUAUUUUCGGACCGCCGGUUACAAAAAUUUCGCUGACGCUAGCUUUCGCCUUUUUUAUCUCGAUUUCCCCCCUUUUUCGAUCUAUCUUCUCUCUUCUCCGAUUCGAUUUCGAUUUACCUUCCCGAUCGUCAAAUUAACUUCAGAUUCUUUCGAUUCUCUUUCUGAUCUAUCGAAUGAUCCCUCUUUCAAUCCCUGCGGUCCACUGUUUCGACUUUUGUAGGCUAGGGUGAUUUUUCUUCGGUCCUCUUCAGGUCCCUUCGAUCAGUCAUUUCUAUUCGUGAAUUCGUCGAUUUUCGAUCUGGGUUUCGAUAUUUUCCGUUUAAUUGUUUGAUUUUGUAAACAACUUUUAUAUUGAUUUAUUAAUUUUUUGCUAUUCUAACGUUUGUGGAUUUGAAAUAGUUAGGUUUUGUUUGAUCCAUAGAUCUUUUAGAUCAUUUCUGGGUUUGUAUAAAUUGCUGUAUUUUUAUCGGUGAGCUUUGUAUGAAUUUGUGGAAUUUAGUGAAAGAUUGGGAAUCUGUGGUCGAGGUUUCGAUAUAUUAAAUUUGACAAAAUUGCGAUUUUGUCAGCUGAUUGGUGGAAAGUCCCUCUACAAUUAAUUUAAGGUAUAAAAGACCUGUGCUUUCUCAUAAUUCUAUCAACCAUAAGCUAAUAUUUUUAUUUUAUUUUAUCAAAUUUAGACAAAGAUAUUUAUUGCAAUCUCUUAAGCUUAUUUCUAGAGGGGGGCACCUCCUUUUGAAAGGUGGGGUCAUUAUGGUAACCUUCCCUCUUAUUUAACUGUCUCAUAUCAAAAAGUAGGGGUGCUCAAAUCAUGGGUAUUGGGUCCCAUGUCAGCUUGUAGUUUUCAAUAAAAAAAAAAAUUCUUGAUAAAAGAUUCUCGAUUUGUAAAACUAGUAAAAGUGGUGUGCAGAUUGAAUGCUGUAUUUAGAUGUGUCGGUAUCCUUGCUGCAACAAUGGUCUAUUACUGCAUAUUUACCCAACUGGGUUUUUGACCAAUCAAUUCACAUGCGUGAAAUUUCUAGUUAAGAUAUGGACAUUGGAAUUUCUUGUUGGUGAACUUCUGUUUCUUUUAUGGAACAUUUCAUUAGCUUUGACUUCAUGGUAUAGUAUUUACUAAGGUUCUUUCUAUGUUUGUAAAAUGUUGGUAUUAGUUUCAUGUUUUAGCUACCCAAAUAACAUGAACUAUGUAUGCUGGAUCAUGAGAAAAGUUUUUUUCGGUACAUGUGAAUACCAGCACUUUGUACCAAUUGUUGGUAGUCAUAUCAAGUAACCUUACGGAAUUUUUUGCUGGAUAUUAUAGUAGUUCUGUGCAUUGCAUUUUGAUCGUGUUAAUUUGAAUGAGUGCAUUUUUUCAGUCCCUUUGGUUUUUUUCUAUCUAUUAAAUCUUUGAUUUGUUGCUUGCCUCUUAUCACACGUCCUUGUCAAUUAAAGUUACUUGUGUCCCAUUAUAAUUUUUCUCUCUUUCUGUUACAGUUCAUCAUGGUACAGAAACGGCCUUUUAGUGGGGAAGAGGUGUUUGAGGUUUCAUCUAAGCACCCAAGACAUGUGGAACACAGUAGCCAGCUAGUUUCAGUUUUGGAUUUCCCUUCUGAAGAUGUGGUCCUCAAACCUCACACUUCAGGUGGGGAUGAGGAUGGCUUUGAAAAAACUAAAACUGCAAUUGACGAGAAGCAUGCAAGUGGCAAUGUUGUUGGUCUUCCAAUAUGUGCUGAGAACGAUGUGGAAAACAGUGUUCCUUGCUGCCUUUCCAACUCUUCCUGGGGCACUAGCGGUACCACUGAAGAAAAUAUCAGGCCAGAGGCCCCAUUUCCUUUGUUGUUGUCACUUGAUUAUCCUAAUCAUGACUGUCCAUUUAGGUCCUUUGUUCACUUUGAGGAGGUAUAUUCCUAUCUUUUGGAACACCCUCCUCAAAAACUAGUCCCCAUUGGACCAGAUUAUCAAGCUGACAUUCCUGAGUGGGGUGAACAAGGUACCAUUAACACUUCCAAUUGUUCAGAUAAAUCUAAAGCAUUAGUCCAUUUUCCUAAAACUUCAGAAUCAGACCUUGUUGACCAUACCGAUGCUGUGGACAAGCUGUCUGGGACAUAUGGCAUUCCAAUGGCUGAAGGGGAGCCAUCCGCAAGUAAUGGCGGUAAAGUUGGGGGUGGCAGAAAUGGUUGUUGCUGUGAGGACAUGGGUUCUGUCAGAUGUGUCAGACAACACAUAAAGGAAGCUAGGGAGCAGCUUCGAAGAACCCUUGGGCAAGAGAGAUUUGUGGAGCUGGGGUUGUGUGAUAUGGGGGAGGUGGUGGCAGAGAAAUGGAGUAAAGAGGAUGAGCGACUAUUUCACGAGGUGGUAUUUUCACAUCCUGCAUCGUUGGGGAAGAAUUUCUGGGACCAUCUUUUGAUAGAGUUCCCUUUUCGGACAAAAAAGGAAAUUGUCAGCUAUUAUUUCAAUGUCUUUUUGCUGCGAAGACGGGCUGAGCAGAAUGGAUGUGACCCAAUGAACAUUGACAGCGAUGAUGAUGAGUGGCUGGUGAAUAAUGAUUCUGUUGAUGACGGAGUUGGGGUAACUGAGGAACAUGAAAACUCUGUAGUUGAAUCCCCAGGUUAUCAAGAUUAUCAUACUCGCCAUGACACCCACAAAGAUGAUUUACAUGAAUAUGACGAGGCUGUGGCGCUUGCACCCAGUGAUAUUCAUGAGGAUGUGGAUUUUGGUCAGAAUGUGGAUAUUCCUAUUAUAUCAGAAACAUGCCUGAGGAACUUGCAAAACAGUUGCAGGUCUGAUCUUACAAUUCAUCCACUGGACAUUAUUCUCGGGAGUGGGAGUGAAAGUGGACAUCACGAUGACCAGGAUGACUCGUGUACAUCAUUUGAUGAUGGGGCUGCCGGGCAAGUAGCCCAAGAAAAGGUUGAAAAUGGCAAACACUGGACAGGUACUUUAUCUGCAAUGACCAGCGGGGGUGGCCAGGAAUUUGCUUCAGAACCCUUUGACACCAAAGUGUGGGAUCUUGGCUAUUUGACCAGUCCAAAAAAUGAUGCUGAAUUUUUACCAACAUGCAGUAUGAUUGAAGAGGUCUUUGGAGCUGGAGGUUGGAAUUGCAACGACAGAGAUGGGAAGGACUUAAGUUAGUGCCGCGUUCUCAUCUUCAUCUUGCCGCAAAAGUUUUAUCCAGAAAGCAACAGGCUUGUGCUUGUUAGGUGAAUCCAUCUCGGAUUCUCUUUACGACAGAUGGGAACAUCAAAAUUUUCCUUGUAGAUUAGCAUGUGGAGGAAAGUCAAUGUUCUUCCUACGCUGCAAGAGUUUUUGGAAGGUGAAUGGUUUACAGGGUGAUCAAAUGGUUUUAACUGUUUCCAAGUUGCACAGUUUUUGUCACCCUUUUAAAUGUAACAGUACCAGUGAUUUUCUGUAGUGAUACCCUCGGGGGAGGGGCAGCUGAGCUUAUAUAAUGUACUUGUAAAUUUCCGCUGUGAGUAGAACCAUGUAGAGCUUAGAUAGAUUUUCUAUUCUUUGUUUGUUUAGUAUAUGAGGUUAGACCGAAGAGGCUUGUAUUUUCAGUCCUCUUAACCUAUUUGUUGGAAGUGGCAGAAGAUAGAAGUUUGUUUCCCAAUAAACUUGCCCAAUUAGUUCAAAGGAUCCUAAUAUUAUGGGCCAUUUUUUUCUUUGAAUUUUUUGUGAAAAAGUUGAGCCAA